CUAGUGCGGCAGCAAUAAUUCAGGACAGCAACAAUCUUUGCAAAAACCGGUGACCUUUUUAUGUGAUGACUUCGCGUUUGGAGAAUUUUUGGUUGAGCUGAAACGCCGUAGCGCGGUAGGCGUGGCCAAACCUGACUGUUGUGUUGUGGUCCAAAUGAGCCUCAACAAGAACCUAAACAAGCACUCUUUCUUCAGUCGGGACUCAAACAGGCGCCAAAACAACCUCCCCAACUAGGACAAGUGGAGCGAGCGCUGAAGCGGGACAAAACGGCGGUUGCGUGUGGCCGACUCCCCAGCAGGCAGCAUGAGCUCCAAAGGCAGUGGCGGCGGCGGCACAGCGUUGAGUCGCCGCAACUACAGACUGGCCUCGGACAUGGACAAGCCCAAGUCCACCGGUAUCGUCAACGAGAGGCUGCUGAGCGACUAUUUGCGUCACAUCUUCCCUUCUGCCAAUCAGGCCACCGUUCCGCCCUCCCUCAGGAAGCCGUUGGCCUUCCAGGAUCUGGACGCUCACCUGGAAAUGUUGCUGUGUGAAGGCGAAACCGCUGACGACAGCGCGGACCGUGAGGUCGAAGGUCGUCUGGGUCCUCAGCCGGUGGUCCUGGACCACACCGGCGGCUUCGAGGGCCUCCUCUUUGUGGACGACGACCUGCUGGGGGUGAUUGGCCACAGCAACUUCAGCUCCAUCCGGGCCACCACCUGCGUUUACAAAGGCAAGUGGGCGUACGAGGUGCUGAUCUCGUCGCAAGGUCUGAUGCAGAUCGGCUGGUGCACGCUCAACUGCCGCUUCAACCAAGAGGAGGGCGUCGGCGACACGCCUGACUCGUAUGCCUACGAUGGGAACCGAGUGCGCAAGUGGAACGUGGUCACCACCAAUUACGGCAAGUCGUGGGCAGCGGGCGACAUCGUCAGCUGUCUGAUCGACCUGGACGAUGCCACCAUCGCCUUCUGCUUGAACGGCCAAUCGCUCGGUACGGCGUUUGGCGACAUCAAGACGGGACCCGGCGUGGCCUACUUCCCCGCCAUCAGCCUGUCCUUCAAGGAGUCGGUGGCCUUCAAUUUUGGCAGCCGGCCACUCAGGUACCCGUGCGAGGGCUACCUGCCUCUGCAGGAUCCGCCUGCCGCCGACCUACUCAAGGCUCACAAGCUGCUGGGCUUCGUGAAGAAUGUCCUGUCCACGCGCAUCGACGUGCAGGAGGAGCGGGUGGUGGACACGGAUUGUUCGGUGUGGAGACUUGAUGGCGAGGCGACUGUCCUGAUCACACUGGCGCACAUCUUCAACCACUUUGCUCCUCUGAUGUGUAAAGUGUACCUGGUGGAGGACGUGCUGAUGAACUUCCUGCUGGGGAUCCUGGAGGGCGGCGGUUCCGUGGACGAGCAUCCGCUCAUCCAGCAGCUGCUCGACCUCUUCUGGCUCCUCAUGGAGGACUACGAGGUGAAUGAGUGUCUGAAGCAGUUGAUGAUGUCGCUGCUGAGGGCCUACCGCUUCUCCCCGAUCAUCCCCGACCUCGGAUUCCAGAUCCACUACCUUCGUCUGACGACGGCCAUCCUGCGCCACGAGAAGUCCAGGAAGUACUUGCUCAACAACGUCUUGUUUGACGUGUUGCGCUCGGUGGUGUUCUUCUACAUCAAGACCCCGCUGCGGGUGAAGGAGGCGGGGCUUGAGGAGCUGAUCCCCACCACCUGGUGGCCCACGCAUUUUGACAAGGAGGGAAAAGAUGAGCGUGAGCCCAAAGACGAGAGUUCGGAUGAGCGUCUGCGGCGGCGAGCUUACGAGCGAGGAUGUCAGCGGCUGAAAAAAAGAAUCGAAGUGGUGGAGGAGUUGCAGGUGCAGAUCCUCCGGCUGCUGCUCAACAACAAAGACAAGAGCACAGGUGAAGCGUCCCGGUACAUUUUCCUCAACAAGUUCCGCAAAUUCCUGCAAGAGAACGCCAGCAACCGAGGGACACCCACUGCCCUGUGCCCCCCCGAGUACAUGCUGUGCUUCCUGCACCGCCUGAUCACGGCCGUGCGCGCCUGCUGGGAUGAAAGCUGCAAGAAGAGUCCGGGCAGCGUCAGCAGUGACGCGGCGUUUGUGCCGCCGCAGCUCUUCUACAACGGGAAGGUGGACUACUUUGACCUGCAGCGGCUGGGCGGGCUGCUGUCACACCUCAAGAAGACGCUCAAAGACGACCUGGCGAGUAAGGCCAACAUCAUAAUCGACCCCGCCGAGAUCCAAGCGACGUCCAUGGACGACCUGGACGAAGACGACGAGAGCGGCGCGGCGCAGAGGCCGGCGGGGGCGUCGGCCGGCGGCGCCCCGGCUCGGCCUGGCUGGUUGAGCUCACCCACCCUGGGCCGCGCCAACCGCUUCCUCAGCACCGCCGCCGUCAGCCUCAUGACCCCCAGGCGACCCCUCGGCCAGCCCGAGAAGGUCAAAGUACGCGCCCUCGCCAUGGAGCAGCGCACCGAAGAGGACAUCGAAGGUAGCCACGGCAACGACGGCCUGUUGCUUGGGCGACCCGUCGACCAAUCGCAUCAGCCCGUGGCCGACAAAUCGCUGCUGGAAAUCACCGACGGGAUCGUCAUGAUGUACAACCUCAGCGUACAUCAGCAGCUGGGAAAGAUGGUGGUGGUGGCCGAUGACGUCCACGAGUAUGCAGCGGCCCUCAAAGACACGGACGAGAAGAUCGCCCGAUGCCCGCCGAGAAGAUCGGACAUCUUGGAGGAACUUCACAAGAGUCAGAAGGUCUUUGCCGAGAAGUUGAAUCAUCUCAGCAGGAGGCUGGCCUGGAUCAACGCCACCAUAUACUCCAAGGAGAAGAUGUUGGACGUGUACUGGCUGGUGCGCGUGUGCAUCGGCACCAUCGAGCGCGCCGAUCGCACGGGCUCGCUGUUCGCCUUCAUGCCCGAGUUCUACCUCAACGUGGCCAUGUACGCCUACAACGCGCUCAAGAACUACUUCAGUCCCGCCAGCAGCAUGGACCAGCUGCCAGGCUAUGAAGAAACGUUGACUCAGCUGGCAGCCAUUCUUGCCAAACACUUUGCGGAUCCACGCAUCGUUGGAACAGACAUCAAAGACGCACUGAUGCAGGCGCUGGCCAGCUACGUCUGCUACCCGCAGUCCCUCAGGGCAGUGGAGAGGAUCGCCGAGGACCAACGUGUGGCCAUGAUGAGGAACCUGCUGGCCCCCUACGAGCAGAGACCCUGGGCGCAGACCAACUGGAUCCUGGUCCGGCUGUGGCGGGGCUGCGGUUUUGGCUACAGGUACACACGCCUGCCGCACCUCCUCAAGACCAAACCCGAGGACGCCAACCUGCCCAGCCUCCAGAAGCCGUGUCCAUCGCUGCUGCUCCAGAGACACAUGGCCCGCCUCCUGAGCGCCGACAAAGACAUGGCCGCCUCCUUCCUCAACAGUGUCCUCAAUCAGCUCAACUGGGCCUUCUCCGAGUUCAUCGGCAUGAUUCAGGAGAUUCAGCAGGCAGCCGAACGUCCAGAGAGGAACUUUGUGGACACGCGUCAGCUGAAGGUGUGCGCCACCUGCUUCGACCUGUCCGUCAGCCUGCUGAGGGUUCUGGAGAUGACGGUCACGCUGGUCCCGGAGAUCUUCCUGGACUGGUCGCGUCCGUCCGCUGAGCUGCUGCUGCGCCGCCUGGCUCAGUUGCUGAAUCAGGUGUUAAAUCGGGUGACGGCCGAGAAGAACCUCUUUGACCGCGUGGUGAACUUGCGAUUGCCAGGUCUGGAGAGCGUGGACCACUACCCCAUCCUGGUGGCCGUCACUGGCAUCCUCGUUCGACUUCUUGUGGAUGGCGAUCGGCAUGGGACGUGUCGCGCAGCGUGCGUGCUGCUGUCCGACCCGUGCUUCCAGCUUCACUCCAUCCAGCACCUUCUCAGUGAGACUGGCGACCAGUCGGGCUCGGGGGCGUUGGCCACGCUCGCCUCUUCCUCUUCCACCUUGGUACCCUCCGUGGGUCCGCACCUUCCCACCGGCCCGUCAGAGCACAAACAUUUCUCCCUCAACGCAUACAGCGACUACAUCAGCGUGGAGGAGAAGCUGAAGGUGGAAAGCAUGCUGGCCUUCCUCACUAGGGAAUCACAGAAGGCGGCGACCAGCACACAGCCAGCCAGCGAGGAUGACCUUUGCCCCAUCUGCUAUGCGCACUCCAUUUCGGCCGUCUUUCAGCCCUGCUCGCACAAGUCCUGCAAGGCUUGCAUCAAUCAGCAUCUGAUGAACAACAAGGAUUGCUUCUUCUGCAAGGCCACCAUCACGGCAGUGGACGACUACUGCAAGCCCCCCACCUCUUCCUAGCGAGCGCCUCCUUCUCUCACGUUGUGCACACCUUGACGCCCAUUCGGGAUCUGGAGUGUGUGUGUGAGUGUGCGUCCCUUUCAAGCCUUUCUGAUGCAUUGUGAGGAAUAUUUCCCUUGUUGAUGGAGCCAUUGUUACACGCGUGUGCGUGUGUCCUGCCAUGGAAUUAAAUUAUUAAUCACAAAGAACAAAGUGUUGUUCUUUUGUUGACGUUAUCAAAACACACGCAUCCGCAGGAACAGGAAAUCUAAUCGAGAAUGGCUCUAUGUGUGUGUUUGUCUCACACACACAGGAGGAGUAAAUCCAAUCCAUAAGAUUAUCAAAUGCGGUACAACCUGCAUCUGCGUGUCUCUGUUAAAGUGUCCUCUCCAAGGAAAGCAGACACCAGCGUCCCAUCCAUUGAUGGAGGGGCAUCAAUAAAAACCAUAAAUAACAGCAA